AUGGAAAGACUCAGCAGUGCCGGGUGCCAUAGCAUCUUAUCUGAUGACGAGCUAGAAAACACUAGCUGGUUCCCAUUCUGUGUAACUGCGACAAAACUGAGCAGCUAUAGUGGGAUCUUUCUCUCUCUUCUUUUCAUCCUCUACGUCUUCUUGAAUCGUUUCAUUCUUAGACGUUUCCUUCUAGUCUAUAUCUACGGUGAAUAUUACUCUUCUCUGCAGCUUUCAGGGCAGCGGCUUUUCAGCCUUCGUCAUCUUGGAGUGUUGGCGAGAACGAUCUCCCUGGUUUGCAUAAUAAAGCCGGCAUUCAUGUUGGUUCUUUCUGAUAGUCGGUGGACCGAUUUGUACUUCAGGAGCUCCAGCAUCACCCUUGGAGAUAUGGCGUUCCUGUCAGCCUCAUUUACAUCGGCCUUCCACAUCUUCGAGCUCAUUUUCGACGACCAGCUCAAGCUUCUUCUGUUUGCUCAUCAUCUAGGCGCGAUAAUCAUGGUUCAAGCAUUUCUACCAACCGCUGUGAAUGUGCCCGUUACUCGUGUCCUUGAGCUGAAUAGCACCAUCGCCAUGGCUAAAAUCUGUAUGUGCUGGGCAACCCUAGAUGCUCCGCUAGUCAUCGCAUCAUAUGUUAUUUGGAUAUUGCAACGUACCUGGAUUCGAAGCGACACCGGCCUUUGCAAGCUAUAUUCUUCUGGCUUCUACUUGGCGGCUUUUUCAACGUUCUUUGAAGCGUCUGCAGUUAUCUAUUUUGGCGCUCGGCACUGGAGUCAGCUUUCUGCUCUGCAGGUGUUGACUAUUUCCUGCCUCCAAGUAUUAUUCACUUCAGCGAAAGCGAAGGUCUGCAAACAUUUGAGAACGGCAUAUACAAGCCUGUUGAAAAAGUCUUGUUGA